CUUGGCAGUGAAUAAAUAUUUGGUGGUGCUGGUGUUGGAAAAGAAUAUAUUUUCUCCUCUCAUCAGCUUUCAUACCAAACAUAUUUUUACGAGGAUCUAUCAGUAGUUCUUCAGUAGCUGCAACGGUUUUGUAUGAUUUGUACGCAUAUGGUUGUUUUUCCUUGGUAUUUCGUGAUUGCACAGCACGAUACAUUCGCAGGAUGUAUUUGCUGUUCAUGAGAAGAACAUUUUUCCUUCAUACACAUCAAUAACGUACGUGGCAUAAAGUUCGUUGACUAACGUUUCUUUCCAUGUAACGGAGGGCAAAACAUAAAUUACGCUAUCAAUGAAACGUUAAUUGAUACUUUCAUCUGCCACACUGCUAGACAAACAAAUAACCCUCAUCAUUUUCUAGGACUAAGUAUGUCCGGUUGCAUUUGAAAUACACGAAAAGAACAAAUAAAUGAACAUUUCUUUCAUGAGAUGAUUCAAGCGCGCUAUGAUUGCGUUGCUCUAGAAUAAUAAGUAACUCUGAUUUGAAUUUUGAAUGCUCUAGUGCGGAGGAAUGCUUUGCCAUAUUUACGUUGCGGUAGCUCAACCAUCCCACCAACACAGAAGACUAAUAAAACAGUACGGAAAAAUGAUAGUAAAAUCGUAGAGCUGUACAAUUAUAUGAAGAUGAUCAAUUUGUAUACUUUUAAAGAUGGGUCAACGAUGUGCAAUACAGCAGUAUUCAUGUGUCGAUCAGUCGUAUCCCCGUAAUUGCACGAUUUCUCGUAUCAUAGCAACAAAACUGCUUCUUUGUACAAGUGUAGACAUUUUAUUGGUCAGUCACCAUGAUUUUGUUUUGAUCUGUCUUGGCAGUUCAAAUACUUUGAUUAGAGAAACAUAUUCACCGCUUCGUACGUGUUUCAUGAUCGUACAAAAAAAUGGCAGCAGAUAUGAAUAUCAAACUACGAUAUUUGGCAAUUUAUUGCUCUUUUUGAAACGUUUACGAUUGAUCACACCUACGAAAAAGAUCAU